CCACAACCCAAGGGCUUUUUCUCAACUUGCUCAAACGCAAACCCGUUCCGUAUUUCGGCCACAUCAGACCCAAAAAAUGGCCUCGUUGUCCCUGUGUGUAACCUUCUCCCUGUUUUUCGGGUUCGUCCCGUUAGUGAGCGCUCAGUAUGAGAAGUACAGCUUCCGCAGCUUCCCGCGUCAUGAGCUCAUGCCCCUGGACUCGGCGUACAGACACGCACUGGACCAGUACACUACGGAGAAGUGGCCCGAGACGGUGGAGUACAUGGAGGUGAGUCUCCGGCUGUACCGGCUGCUCCGCGACAGCGAGGCUUUCUGUAACCUGAACUGCAGCUCGGCGCGCCUGGACACGGAGGAGCGCUUCUCCGACUUCCCCGAGCUGCGCGCUUUCGGGAACGUAAUGAAGCGCGCUCAGUGCCUCAAGCGCUGCAAGCAGGGCCUCCCAGCCUUCCGACAGACUCUUCCCAGCAGAGAAACCCUGGACGAGUUCGAGAGACGAGAGCCUUACAAAUACCUGCAGUUUGCUUACUUUAAGAGCAACAACGUGGCAAAAGCUGUGUCCGCUGCGCACACCUUUAUGGUGAAGCAUCCAGGUGAUGAGAUGAUGCAAAGAAAUAUGAACUACUACCAGAGUAUACCGGGAGCUGAUGAGCACAUUAAAGACCUGGAGACCAAGUCGUAUGAGACUUUGUUUGUUCGAGCAGUGCGGGCAUAUAACGGCGAUAAUUAUCGCACCUCUGUGUCUGAUAUGGAGCUGGCACUCCAAGACUUCCUCAAGGCUUAUGAUGAAUGUAUUGCUGCCUCGGAAGGUCCCAGGGAAAUCAAAGACUUUAAAGAUUUUUACCCCUCAAUUGCAGAUCACUACACUGAGGUUCUUGAGCGGAAGGUUCGUUGUGAGAGCGAUCUGACUCCAGUUGUUGGUGGAUAUGUUGUGGAGAAGUUUGUGGCAACCAUGUAUCACUAUCUUCAGUUUGCCUAUUAUAAACUGAAAGAUUUGAAAAAUGCUGUACCAUGUGUUGCAAGCUACAUGCUCUUUGACCCUGAUGACAAGGUGAUGAAGAAUAAUGUGGAUUAUUACCAAUAUCACAAAAAGAAGUUGGGUCUUGAUGACGAAGACUUCUUACCCAGAACAGAGGCAAUACGAUACCACAAUCAGACAACAAUACAGUUGAACAUGUUAAAUUUUGCCAAGGAAAACCUAAUUCAGGAUGACGAGGGAGAAGUUCUGGAGUAUUUAGACGAGUAUCUUGAUGCCGAAGAGUAGUAUAACAGAUUAUUUUAUGCACUGAAAAGAGGAACAAAACAGUUUUGUGAACAGUGAUCUUUUUCGAGCAUUUGUUUGUAUUUAUUUCUGGCAGUGGGGUUCUUUUGUAUUCUAUCGGUACCAAACACGUGGUUAAUAUAAACAACUUGAUAUUUGUUCUGUGAUGUUUUAUAGUACAAUUACUGUAAUUCAGAAGGAUAAAUAAAGUUCUUUUCGUUGUUGUUGUUGUUGUUUUUUUAA